CAUCUUGUCGGUGCGGGUGGAUUUGAUAUGGUGUACAAGGGAGUGCUCAGAGACAACACAAGAGUUGCUGUGAAGCAAGGUGUACCGGGGUCUAGGCAGGGGCUUCCAAAAUUCCAAACAGAGAUAACAGUUCUGUCGAAGAUUCGCCACCGGCAUCUCGUUUCCCUGAUUGGGUUUUGCGAAGAACAGUCGGAGAUGAUACUGGUAUAUGAGUAUAUGGAGAAGGGGCCAUUAAGGAACCAUUUAUAUGGUUCAGAGUUUCAACCUUUGUCUUGGAAGCAGAGGCUUGAGAUAUGCAUUGGUUCAGCCAGAGGCCUCCAUUACCUUCACACAGGUUCAACUCAUGGAAUCAUCCAUCGCGAUGCUAAAUCAACCAACAUUUUGCUUGAUGAAAACAAUGUCGCCAAGGUCGCUGACUUGGGCCUUUCAAGGUCUGGCCCCUGUCUGGAUUAGACCCAUGUUAGCACUGGAAAAGGUAGCUUUGGGUAUCUGGACCCAGAGUAUUUUAAACGGCAGCAACUGACUGAUAAAUCAGAGGUCUAUUCAUUUGGAGCGGUACUUCUUGAAGUACUCUGUGCGAUGAACUUCCAUCCAAGAGGAAGAAAGCAAAGCAGGAGAUAA